AUGCGCCAUCUUCAACAACGAAAUGAGAUUUUCGAAGAUGGAAUGUCCAAUAUCCGAAAUACACUCCUCGAAUCCGCAAGCGCAGGUCGCAGCACUCGCAGGCGUAGCGUCACUGAACCAGACAGAACCCAGUCCCCGAACGAAGAUGACUUGACAGAGCCUUCAAAUGUCUUCUCCUCAAACGCAACUACCUACCUCCUCUCCCUCCAUGAAUCCCUCCGUGAGGAGGUAAAUCAGAUGUCACAUGCAUUAACAGACCUCGACGCCCGUGCAAGCAUGACAAUCAUGAAUGAAUGUCUUCGCAUCAAAGAGGACAUGGCGCAUACCAAUGCCGCCGUCAACAGCGUGCGCAUGCAAGUCCAAUGGCUCAUGAACCCAAGGCUUCACAAUGGAGCCCGCACAGGUGGUAUUCGUGCCAACACGGCCAGUGCGGCCGAGGCUCGGUCGCAGCUUACUUCGACAUCUGCGCCUGGGCCUAGUAGUGCGGCGGGGCCUUCUUUGGGGCCGCUAAGGCCCAGGAGGCCAAGUGAUACUGGGCGAGAGGGGACGAAGCUCUGA